UCCAAUCCGGAUCCCUGUAUUAACACACCGCUAAAGCACGCAAUAAUUCCUCUUUUCAAGAAACUUUCGGCUUCGCCUUUUCUCUGAGUUUCACGUUCUCCUUCCUUCCCUUCCUUCAAACUGCAUUCUUUCGUACAGGCCCGCGAAUUCCGCUCUUCUCUUCAAUCUGAUCAUCUUUUUUGGUUAAAUUAUGCGUAUCACCAAGUCAAGGCAGCGUUGAUCAAAACUUGGGGUGUUCGGAGCGUGUUCUCGACCUUCACCAGAUCUUUGCCUCUCCCCUUCUUAUCGGCGAUUGAGGAUUCUGCUGAAGCUUUGGAGACUAAUAAGUCGCGGGACAUAUAUAAUAAUAAUACAAUUGAUAAAACGGGAUCUUUUGGAGUUAUCGCGGAGUUUCAAGAGCUUACUCAAUCAUGAAUCCUUUUUCCUCCGGCACACGGCUGAGGUUAGUGUUCGAACGUCGUCAUUAUAACGGCGGGAUUGAAUGCUAACGCCAGCGCAUCAUUUUUUAGAAUCUAGUGGUGUUUGUGCGGAACUGAGGGACACUAUUCAGGCUGUGCGUGCAUGCAAAACUGCAGCUGAGGAAAGAGCUGUAGUGAGAAAAGAAUGUGGAGCAAUUCGAGCUGCUAUUAGUGAAAAUGAUCAGUUCUAUAGUCACCGAAAUCUGGCAAAGCUCAUGUUCUUUCACAUGCUUGGUUACCCAACACAUUUUGGUCAAAUGGAAUGCUUGAAGUUAAUUGCAUCACCUGGCUUUCCAGGGAAGAGAAUAGGAUAUCUGGGGCUUAUGUUGCUUCUUGAUGAACGACAGGAAGUUCUAAUGCUUGUUACAAAUUCAAUCAAACAAGAUCUGAAUCACACCAACCAGUAUAUUGUUGGACUUGCACUUUGUGCCUUGGGAAAUAUAUGUUCCGCAGAAAUGGCUCGAGAUCUUGCCCCUGAAGUUGAAAGAUUACUUCUAUUUAGAGAUCCUAAUAUUCGUAAGAAAGCAGCCUUAUGCACUAUAAGGAUAAUACGAAAAGUUCCUGACCUGGCUGAGAACUUUAUAAAUUCUGCCGGCGCCUUACUGAAAGAAAAGCAUCAUGGCGUUUUAUUAACUGGAGUUCAGCUUUGUACAGAUUUGUGUAAAGUCAGUUCUGAGGCUCUGGAGUAUUUCAAGAAGAAAUGCAUAGACGGAUUGCUCAAAGUUCUUAGGGAUCUUGCAAACAGCCCAUAUGUGCCUGAGUAUGACAUUUCUGGGAUUACAGACCCUUUUCUUCAGAUUAGAUUGCUUAAGCUUUUGUGCAAGUUGGGCCAAGGAGAUGCUGAUGUUAGUGAUGCCAUGAAUGAUAUCCUUGCCCAGGUAGCAACAAAAACCGAGUCAAACAAAAAUGCCGGGAAUGCCAUCCUCUAUGAAUGUGUUGCUACAAUCAUGAGUAUUGAAGAUAGUGGAGGGUUGAGGGUCCUUGCUGUCAAUAUUUUGGGGAGGUUUUUGUCCAGCCGUGACAACAAUUUCAGAUAUGUUGCAUUGAACAUGUUGAUAAAAGCCGUUGUGUUAGAUAGUCAAGCAGUUCAGAGGCAUCGAACUACAAUUCAGGAAUGUGUAAAGGAUUCAGAUGCUUCGAUUCGUAAAAGGGCCCUUGAGCUUGUAUGUCUCCUAGUAAAUCAAGACAAUGUUAAAUCUUUGAUAAAAGAGCUUGUUGAUUAUCUUGAAAUAAGUGAUCCAGAAUUCAAGGGAGACCUGACUGCAAAAAUCUGCUCAAUUGUGGAGAAGUUUUCUCCUGAUAAAAUAUGGUACAUUGAUCAAAUGCUCAAAGUUCUAUCAGAGGCUGGAAAUUAUGUGAAAGAUGAAGCAUGGCAUGCUCUUAUUAUUGUGAUCACUAAUGCUCCAAACCUCCAUGGUUAUACUGUACGCUCGCUAUAUAAGGCUGUGCUAGUGGAAGGUGAACAGGAAACUCUUGUUCGAGUUGCUGUAUGGUGCAUUGGGGAAUAUGGGGAUCUUUUGGUUCGAAAUGUGGGAAUGCUUGAUUUUGAAGAUCCUGUAACUCAGGUAACAGAAUCCGACGCUGUGGAUGUAGUAGAAACUGCUAUUGGACGUCAUUCUUUGGAUCUUACUACUCGAGCUAUGUGUUUGAUUGCUUUAUUAAAGCUAUCAAAUCGUUUCCCCCACUGUUCAAAAAGGACAAAUGAUAUUAUUUGUCAUUAUAAAGGAAGCUUUGUACUUGAACUGCAACAGAGAGCCAUUGAGUUCGACUCUGUUAUUGAGAAGCACCAGAACAUUAGGUCUGCAUUGGUGGAAAGAAUGCCAGUGCUUGAUGAGGCAACAUUUAGCGGGAGGAGAGCUGGUUCUGUGUCAACUGCUGUUUCAACUUCUGGAGGAGCACUGCCAAAAAUCCCUAAUGAAGUUGUCAAAACUACAGUGGCCCCCCUUGUUGAUUUGCUUGAUCUUAGCUCAGAUGACAUCGCAGCAACUGGUUCCUCUGAUGGACAUUUUCUUCAGGAUCUUCUUGGGCUCGAUGUGUCCCCAUCUCCUUCACAAGGAAAUGUUCAUCCCCAAAAGAGUGGUACUGAUGCAUUACUGGACCUUUUGUCAAUUGGAACUCCCCCAGCUCAAAGUAGUUCAUCCCCGCUGGAUGUGCUAUCAAGUCAAGAUAGAAGUAGUUCGAUGGAUGUACUGAACAAAUUAGCCUCCCCCUCGCAUGUGGCUGAAGGGUCAUCUCUUGUUGGAAAAUCUUCAACGAUUGAUUUGUUGAAUGGCUUUGAAACCAGCUCAUCAGUACCUGAAACAAAUGGAGCAGCAUAUCCAUCCAUUGUUGCAUUUGAAAGCAGCUCCUUAAAAGUAAUGUUCAACUUCUCAAAGGAGCCUGGCAGCCCACAGACCACACUGAUUGAGGCUCAUUUCACGAACAAGUCACCCAAUGUCUAUACAAGUUUCCUGUUCCAGGCGGCUGUCCCCAAGUAUCUUCAAAUGCACUUGGAUCCAGCUAGCAGUAAUACACUUCCUGCAAGUAAUAAGGGAAAUAUCAUACAGAAGUUAAGAGUGACAAACAAUCAGCAUGGCAAGAAAUCCCUUAUCAUGCGAUUAAGGAUAACUUACAAGGUGAAUGACAAAGACGCUAUGGAGGAAGGACAAAUCAGCAACUUCCCCCGUGAAUUGUGAGAGCAUUUUUGUCUGUGUCCGGAUAAGAUUUUUCUGAUCAUCCCUGGGUAAUAUCUUCACUUGGGCUUCAGCUGGUCAAACAUGUGUCCCCCUUAAAUAUUCAUUUCUUCCCCUAAAGGGCAGAGAGGCAAGAUAGAUUUACUUUGUUAUAAGAAGAUAUACAUGUAUAUAUGGGAUAUUGAUCCAGCAUUUUGGCCUUGAGAACGCACACAGAGAAGGCAUUUGCGGAUUAUGGUUUGAAAGAACUGAGUUAUAUCAGUCUUGUAUUUCCUGCAUAGAACAUAAUUGUAACAUAGACUUACAUAUUUGACAUUUUCAAUGUAUCAAGGGAGGAGGAAGACAAGAACAGACAAUAUUUUGUAUUAUAAAUUCAAAUGAGGGACAUGUUUUUUUUGUGCUUAAUAACGGACACUUAAAACUUAGAGUGGCACAUAUUAAUAAUUGCAUUGGAUUU